AUGAAUCCCAACUAUAUCGGAUUCGACUAUAUCGGCUUGUAUGUCGGCAAUGCGCGACAAACAGUAUCUUAUUUCGUCAACCACUACGGCUUCUCCGCCCUGGCAUAUCGUGGACCCGAGACAGGAUCGUACGCGACCACGGCGUAUGUCGUCGGCAACGGUACAGCGCGGUUUGUAUUCACGGCGCCACUCAGCUCCCCGGACAGCUCGUGGGACGCGCGAGCCAGCGAGGAUGAGCGCAAACUGUGCGCAGAGGUCCACGCGCACUUGACGAAGCAUGGUGAUGGUGUCAAGGACAUUUCCUUCCAGGUGGACGACGUUCGCGGUGUCUGGGAGCAUGCCGUCGCGAACGGCGCCGAGCCCGUUCGUGAGCCCGAGUUGCUGAAGAGCGACGACGGAGAAGUCUUCGUUGCUUCUAUCCAGACGUUUGGCGACACCGUUCAUACGUUCGUCAACCGGUCUGCGUACUCGGGGACAUUCCUGCCGGGGUUCAAGGCGGUUGAGCGCAGCGACAGUCUGCAGGAGUAUCUGCCCAAGAUAGACAUACUUGAGAUCGACCACUGUGUUGGCAACCAUCCCUGGGGUGGACUGGAAGGGGCUGUCAACUACUACGAGAAGGCACUCAACUUCCACCGGUUCUGGAAUGUUGACGACAAGGAGAUGUGCUCUGAUUUCUCGGCCAUGAACUCGGUGGUGGUGGCGUCGCCGAACGAGGUGAUUAAGAUGCCGAUGAACGAGCCUGCAGAAGGGAAAAAGAAGUCGCAGAUUGAAGAAUUCUGCGACUACUACAACGGCGCCGGCUGCCAACACAUCGCAUUCCGCACCAACAACAUCAUCGAAGCAGUGGAUAGCCUCCAGAAACGCGGAGUCGACUUUCUUUCCGUGCCAGACACUUAUUACGCCGAUGUGCGCAAGCGCCUGGAGCGCGUGGGCACGCAGGUUGCGGAGGACAUCGAUACGCUGCAGCGGUACAACAUCCUGAUCGACUUCGACGAGGGAGGCUAUCUGCUGCAGAUAUUCACCAAGCACGUCGGCGACCGGCCAACAGUGCUCCUGGAAAUCAUCCAGCGCGAGAACUUUGACGGCUUUGGGGCUGGAAACUUCAAGAGUCUGUUCGAGGCGUUUGAGCGCGAGCAGGCGCUACGGGGGAACCUGUAG